CCCCCCGGGAUGACCCUCGGUACGGUGGCCGGCGCGGACAGCCCGUCGGCGGUCAGCUUCUGCUCCUGCUGCGGGGCAGAGAUGGUGUCCAAGAACCACAUCAACCAGCUCAUCAGCGAGAGCUUCCUCACAGUGAAAGGUGCAGCCCUGUUCCUCCCCAGGGGGAAGAGUCCCCCUCCGAGCUCUGCUCCGCGGAUCAGCCAGCGCAGGAACAAGCACACAGGUGACCUCCAGAAACAUCUCCAGACCAUGUUCACGGUGCUGCGGCCUGAGGACACCAUCCGACUGGCGGUGCGUCUGGAGAGCGCCUACCCUCAGGUAACCCGCUACAUGGUGGUGGUCUCCACCAACGGCAGGCAGGACACGGAGGAAAGCCUCGUCCUCGGCAUGGACUUUGUCUCCUCUGAUAGCUGCUGCUGCUCUGUGGGUCUGGUUCUACCUCUGUGGAGUGACACUCUGAUCCACCUGGAUGGAGACGGAGGCUUCAGUGUGUCGACGGUGAACCGGGUUCACGUCUUCAAGCCCGUGUCUGUCCAGGCCAUGUGGUCGGCUCUGCAGUCGCUCCACAAAGCCUGCGAGGUGGCUCGCUGCCAUAACUACUACCCUGGCAGCCUGUUCCUGACCUGGGUCAGCUACUACCAGAGCAGGGUCUCGUCCAGCCAGUUCUGCAUCAACGAAUGGAACGCCAUGCAGGACGUGGAGUCCCACCGUGCCAAUUCACCCAUCCUGUUCACAGACCUGCCCACAGAGAGGGAGCGCACAGAACGGCUGAUCAAGACCCGUCUCAGGGAAAUCAUGAUGCAGAAAGACCUGGAGAAUGUCACCAGCAAGGAGAUCAGAACGGAGCUGGAGAUGCAGAUGGUGUGUAACCUGAGGGAGUUCAAAGAGUUCAUAGACAACGAGAUGAUUGUCAUCCUGGGACAGAUGGACAGUCCCACAGAAAUCUUUGACCAUGUCUUUCUGGGCUCUGAGUGGAACGCCUCCAACCUAGAGGAGCUGCAGAACAGCGGAGUGCGCUACAUCCUGAAUGUGACCAGGGAAAUAGACAACUUCUUCCCGGGGAUGUUUGAGUACCACAACAUCCGAGUUUACGACGAGGAGGCCACCAACCUGCUGGAGUACUGGAACGAUACCUACAAGUUCAUCACCAAAGCCAAGAAAGCUGGAGUGAAGUGUCUGGUUCACUGUAAGAUGGGUGUGAGCCGCUCCGCAUCCACGGUCAUCGCCUACGCCAUGAAGGAGUACGGCUGGGAUCUGGACACGGCCUUCGACUAUGUGAAAGAGAGACGUGCUGUCACCAAACCCAACCCAUCCUUCAUGAAGCAGCUGGAGGAGUACCAGGGCAUCCUGCUGGCGAGUAAACAGCGGCACAACAAGCUCUGGAGGUCUCACUCUGACAGCGACCUGUCAGACCGGCCCGACUCCAUCCGUAAAACUUCAUCCCCCUCUCUGGUCCGCUCCGACUCGCACAACAACACCACCUCCUUACACCACUUCCUGGGUGUGGCCGUCCUGCAGGCGCUUGGCGCCGGACCCAAAAACUCUUCCAAAACAAACAGCGCACCCACCUCUGUCUCUGUCUGCAACGACAUGGGGGAGUCGGAGGUUCGGGAGGAGGUGAGGCUGGACUCUGAAGACUCCGUUCCUCCUGUCCUCCCCAGACCUCGAGCAGCCACCAUCAUCCCAGAGGAGAGACUGAACAGUUCAGCCAGCAUGGCUGUCACGGUGCUUGUAGCUCUGCCACAUCCUCCUCCCUCACUCCUCAUCUUACCUCCCACUCCUGAGCUCCGGCGGACUCCUCGGCGACCUCCCACUCACCUGUCCAUUUCAGUGCCUAAAUACGAACCAGAGGAGCUGAAUUUGUCGAAGACUUGCAGCUCAGGGGAAAGCUCUCCUCUCACUCUGGGAUCCAGUGACUCGGACUUGCUAAAUAAAUGUUUUUUGGACCUCAGCAGUGACGAACACAGCCCUCUACCUCUGGUUCUAGCUUUGAAGGAUGACAACAACAACCCCAGCGAGCUGCAGAUAGGAAGUCUGUCGAACAGCCGCGGCAAGGCCGACGGCUCGUCCAAUCACAGCGUGGACAACAUGGACUUCUUCUCUGCCAGGGAGAAGUUCCUGGGCCUGGCUCAGGACAGGCGAGAGCAGAGGACACCACUGUCACCUGAGGGAGAGGAAGUCAGCGAGGAGGAGGAGCAGGAGAUGAGUCCAGUGAAGGCGUCUCUUGGGUCCGACUCCUGUGACGGAACAAGUCCUGAUCCGACCCGUCCCACUCACAAGGACAACGGAGUGUCAGUUCGCCACAUCGUCAUUGAAAUGGAAGCCAUAUCACAGUCUGCCGCCUCCUCUCCCAGUCCUCAGACUGUGCAGUGGGACCCUCAGGAGGAGGCAGAGGACUCUAAAGUCCUGGCGGACUGGGCGGCGGGCUCGGUGCGGCGGGCCACCGAGCAGCUGGAGCAGAAGCUGAGGCGGGAGCAGGACAUGGCGGCAUCUCAGCGGUCUCCACUGCACUCCCCCAGCGCCGAACAGCCUCCUGUUGGACUGACCCGGUGCUCCCAAAGUCCAGACCCCCUGCACACUGCAGGACACAGCAGCACUCAGGGAGGGAACACGGCUGUUUCUGCUACACCCAAAGACGAAGAGACGCACACGGAGUCUGAGACGGUGCUUCAGUCCUCAAGGACGGACAAAGUCCAAGACUUGUCCCAUUCCCAGAACUCUCAUCUCAGCCGAGUCACUAACCUGGUGCGCAUGCCCAUAAAUGGUGAAGCUGUGACAUCAUCGCAGGAAGAAUCAUCUCUAGAUACCUCAGCCCCGUCUCACAGGCAGGACCAGCUCCACCAAACCCAAAAGAGUCCGGCUGCUUUGUGUCACAUGACCGUGGAUGGAGUGACGGUACAGGAGUCCAGUACAGACCAAGGGCUGGACUCUUGUCUCCAGGACAUGAGGCAGGCCUGUGGGCCCGACUGUGAGGCUCAGAGCCGUUUGGUCCACAGUAGCCAGGAGCUUGAGCGGAUCCAGCACACGCUUCGAGAGCUGCAGGCCUUCCUUCAGGAGGGGGUCGGCCUGGACGAUACCGACAGCCAAGCACAAGACCUGGAGCAGCCUCCGGGGCUGAGAGACACCAUGGACACUGAGCCAGGACACGACCCUCCAGGCCCGGCACAUAGGCAGCAGCUAAGAGACGGACAGGAAUGCAGGGGGCCCUCAGAACCAGCCAGGUGGCACAGAACCGUCGAGCUGGAGGCUCGAAUGCGACAGGCAGGCCUCACCCCUCCUUCAUUCAUGAAAAGGUCGGCCUCCUUAGCUAAACUGGACUGUCUGCAGCUGUCAGCCGACGACCUGAGCCUGGACCUGGAGCUGGACCUGAGGCCACAAACCAGGUCACACCCCCACAGCCCCCCCUCCUCCUCCCUGACCCAGCCUCACUCAGAUGACACCUGGAAGAAGCAGAAACAGGGCAGAGGACACUCAUCAAGGCGCUCUCGUAAAGCCUCUGCAGAGAGGAAACAAAGAUGUCUGCUCUACAACACCAUGUGA